AUGAGUGAAUACAAUGCAAAUAUCCAACCAGAUGACAACUAUGCUGAAUCUGUACAUGGUGAUGAAUACGAGGAUAUAUUUGAUGAUCUUAAUAAUUCUGGUGACGACGAAGAAGAUCGAGCAAUCAUCAUAGUGGGAAUCUGCGCACAAUGGAAGAAAAUCAAAGCAAAGCCGAUGGAAGAAAUUUUACACCGGCUUGAGCAAUACGAAUUUUUACGUAUUCUUAUUUUUCCCGAAACUACCAUACAUGAGAAACCUGUUAAAGAAUGGCCGUUCUGUCACGUACUCAUUAGCUUUCAUAGUAAAGGAUUUCCUCUUGCAAAAACACAGGAAUAUGCACGUUUACACAAGCCAUUUCUUAUUAACGAUCUUGACAAACAAUGGGAUAUUAUGGAUCGAAUCAAAGUUCAUGAAAUCCUCCGAGAUGCUGGCAUCGUACAACCACGAUACGGUGUACUUCGAAGGACACGGAACCCAGAUGGAACAUGGGAAACAUUAUCUGCUGUUAUUGAGCAAGAAGAUCAAAUUGAAAUCGAUGGAGAGAUAUUCCAUAAGCCAUUCGUAGAAAAACCAGUUUCGGCAGAGAAUCACGAUGUCUACAUCUAUUUUCCAUCAUCAGCAGGUGGCGGUUCACAGCGACUGUUUCGAAAGAUUGGUAGUCGAAGCAGUGUGUAUACAUCCGAAAAUGCUAUUCGUAACGAUGAUUCCUAUAUUUAUGAGGAAUUCAUGCCUACAGAUGGUACAGAUGUUAAGGUUUAUACUGUUGGUGCUGAAUAUGCACACGCCGAAGCGAGGAAGUCUCCUGGUCUUGAUGGUAAAGUCGAACGGGAUGAAUUUGGUAAAGAAGUUCGAUAUCCAGUUAUCUUACGUGCUGAUGAAAAAUUAAUCGCCAUGAAAAUAUGUCUCGCUUUUAAGCAAACGGUGUGUGGUUUUGAUUUACUUCGUGCUGAAGGCAAAUCAUUUGUUUGCGAUGUUAAUGGUUUCAGUUUUGUUAAAAAUAGCACGAAAUAUUAUGAUGAUUGUGCAUCUAUUCUCGGACAUAUGAUUAUGCGCGAACUAUCACCCCAAUUAUGCAUUCCGUAUCCGAUAGCGUAUCAACCAGAUGAUCCGCCCUACGUGCCAACGGCGUUUGGCACCAGGAUGGAAUUACGUUGUGUUAUUGCAGUAAUUCGACACGGUGAUCGCACGCCGAAACAAAAAAUGAAAAUGGCUGUUUUGCAUCCAUUAUUUUUUCAGUUGUUCGAAAAAUACAAUGGACCAAAAACCGGUCAUCUAAAGUUGAAACAUCCUGGUCAACUUCAGGAAGUUCUUGAUAUUGCCCGACAAUUAUUGUGGGAACUUAAUGCCAACGAAAUAAAUCAAUUUCCUAACUCGCCAGAAACGAAAGGAAAACUAAUGCAGCUAAAACAAGUCCUAGAGCUAUAUGGACAUUUCUCUGGAAUCAAUCGAAAAAUUCAAUUGAAAUACUUGCCGAAAGGCUUACCAAAAAAAUCCAGUAGCGAAGAUGAAGCAUCAGACAUUCCUUCACAGCCGUCACUACUGUUGGUCGUCAAAUGGGGUGGUCAGUUAACUCAGACAGGCAAAAGUCAAGCUGAAGCACUUGGAAAAGCUUUUCGUAAAAUGUAUCCCGGUGGUCAAGGUGCUGGUGGUGAUCGGCCCGAUGUCGGACUUCUCCGUCUACAUUCGACAUUUCGACAUGAUUUGAAAAUCUACGCAUCCGAUGAAGGUCGUGUACAGAUGACUGCAGCUGCGUUUGCAAAAGGUUUACUAGCACUCGAUGGUGAACUAGCUCCCAUACUUGUACAAAUGGUGAAAAGCGCGAAUACUAAUGGCCUACUUGACAAUGAUGUAGAUUCGACAAAGGAACAACAGAAAGUAAAACAAGCAUUACACGAUUUAUUAGCAACGGAUCGACCUUUUACUCCUCAAGAUUACGACAUUAUCGCACCGACUCGCUCCAAAUCAUUGAUAUCAUCGAUGGAUUUUAUUAAGAAUCCCGUAACUAUUUGUCGAAAAAUCGUUGAAUAUAUUCAUGAAAUGACUGAACUAAUUCAAUCACGUAUUGUAAAGGGCACUCUGGAUCCACUCUACCAUUCCGAAACAUGGGACUUGUGUUUAAGACGCUGGCUUAAAUUAGAAAAGGAUUUCCACGAUACUCAAAGAGAUAAGUUCAAUAUAUCCAAAGUACCUGAUAUAUAUGAUUCCAUUAAAUACGAUCUCCUACAUAAUAAAACUAUUCUUCAAUUUCCACAUGCUGUUGAUCUCUAUCUUUGUUCAAAAGCAUUAGCUGAUAUCGUUGUACCACAAGAAUAUGGUAUGACUGUCGAAGAAAAAUUGAGUAUCGCACGCGGUAUUGUUACACCAUUAUUACGUAAAAUUCGAGCUGAUCUUCAAUGUAAUUUAACUGGCGUUCUUACACACGAUGAACAUGUGAAUAAACUCGAUCCAAGCUAUUCCAAGGGUAUUCAAACACCUGGACGACACGUUCGAACACGACUGUAUUUUACUAGUGAAUCUCAUGUACAUUCACUUCUAACAGCUAUUCGUUACGGUGGUUUAUUAGACACAUCGUCAGAUCAACAAUGGAAACGUUCAAUGGACUAUCUAGAUACUGUUUCCGAAUUGAACUAUUUAACACAAAUUGUCAUCAUGUUGUACGAAGAUUCGAGUGAAGAGGAAAAUUCUGAGAAACGUUUUCAUGUUGAAUUACACUUUUCACCGGGAGCUUAUGGAUGUCUCGGUGUUGCACCAGAAAUCGAUCCUAUCACAUCGAAUGCAAAUAAUAUUCGCACAAUUCUACCAAAGAGUAACCGUGAAGCAGCGCAUAGUCCUCCAAGACAUCGAGCAAAAGUAUCUUUACCAGACUCGCCGUUGUCAGUCAUCAUCGAGCCACAACUUUCAUCAUCAUUACCACAAUCAGAACUAAUUACUACAGCAUCAAAAGAAAACGAAACAGCUGAUGAUUCUAGUCUAAUAUCUGCUCGCAGUACUAAAUCACCAGAAAAAACUGAUCCACGAGUUAUUAAACAACGCUCGUUUUCGACCAAAACAAUCUACCGUAGCAAUAGUGGAAUGACACCGAGUCGUUCGUCUGAACAAACGAAUAUCGAUACAUUACAUUCUCCAUCUACGCAAAGUCCUCCUCCUCCUCAUCAUCAUCGUUCGAUGAAACCAAAAUCAUUGGAAGACGACGAAUCUGAUCUACAACAAAUAACCGCACAGCAGUCUGAAUCAUAUCCUUUAACCUUGCCGAGAAUCCGUCGAAAGUCGAGCGCACUAUUUGGUAUUUACUCGAACAAAUCUCGUUUUCAAGCAGACAUCACAGAUGAUCUUGAUUGCUCACGUCGAAAUUCGGGUACACUAUACAAUGCGUGUGUCUUUUAUUACAAUACAAUACAUGGAGCAUCACCCGAUAAACAUAUAUUUUCAGCUAAUUAUCCACCAUUAACAAGUAUAUUCAGCACAAGAGUUAUUAGUGGUGCGAAAUCAACACCGGAGUUGAAUAAACUACUUGAACACAAACAUGCUGGACUUAUCUAUUCUGACUCUGCAAUCGUUGCACCAUUAGAGACAUUGAAUACUAAUUUAAAUUAUAAAAUUCUCGAUGAUUUUAUCGGUAAAAUCACUGAUUCCAGUAUGAAAUUUUCCUCUAUUAUCGCUCAUACUAACCCGACUAACUCUCCCAUUCUAAACACAACAAACACACAACCAAUACUCGUACCUUACGUAGUAAGCAAUCGAUUCAGUGUUGAAUCAGUUGAUAAUAACGGUCUAUAUGGCAAUGAUAAAAAGCUACGUGUUGGCUUUGGCAAAUUAACACAGUAUUCGAUCAAUACAAUAACCGAACUUCCUGAACGAACUCUUGAAGAAGAACGCUGA